CUUUUUAGCUGUUGUAUCUGAGAAGAUUGUAAAUAUUGCUUUUUUAUACAUAAAUGAGUGCACUCCCUUUGAUUAGUAAUAAAUAAGGCAAAACAUCCUGCUCCCAACUGCUCCGUACCUUGCUUUGUUUUCCUUGUCUAUUGCAGAAUUCCAUUUGCUCAAAGUUUCAGGUCAGGCCCAAAGACUGAAUUAUUGUUCUCUUCACAGGAGGAGGGGGAGAAGCACUAAGUACCUGGUACCCAGCAAAAGCCCUACAGAGUUAUCAGUGGAAUUCCUCAAAGUGACAAAGGGCUGGAUGAGGGGUUCCUUGCUGGUACAACCAGGUCACAAGCCUAAGAAGGCUUGACGGGUGUGGCUGGCUCUGUCCCCAGGGUCCCACUCUGUUCCCGAUCUGGGCUUUGCUGCCGGGGUUGGGCUGCUUCUCCUGGCUCCCUACAGUACCUCCAGCCUCUAGGAAUUUGGCCCGAGUGGUAGAGACAUCGCCGGCAGAGACGGCCGUCGCCAGCUUCCUCCCUGUGCUGUCUUGUGAUUCAAAGCAGAUUCUGCUCCACUUUUUUAAAAGGGAGCACAUUAACGCUGGAGACCCACAAGAACAGAACCAACCAAGGAAGCGCAACCCUUUGGUCCAAGAGUCCGUGAGACCAGCAGCAGCAUCAGCAGUCUCCAUGUCGCCUCUCCUGCACAUCACCCUCUUCCUCCUUCACUUCUGCUUCCCUGGAGGGCACAGCCACCUCCCCCAAAGUCUGCUGAUGCUAAAGACUGAGUUUGCACUUCGCCUCUACCGGAGCGCAGCAGCGGGUAGAAAUGGCACAAACUUUGUCAUCUCUCCCACCGGCGUGUCCCUCCCGCUGGAGAUCCUGCAGUUUGGAGCCCAGGGGAACACUGGCCAGCAGCUGGCAGGCGCUCUGGGGUACACCGUGCACGACCCUAAGGUGAGAGAUUUCUUGCAUGCUGUUUAUGCCACACUGCGCAACUCCAGCCACGUCUCCGAGAUGGAGCUGGCCUGCACCCUUUUUGUGCAAGCUGGAAUGCCAUUGUCCCCCUGCUUUGUGGAGCAGGUCUCCUGGUGGGCCAACAGCAGCCUGCAGUCGGCUGACCUCAGUGAGCCCAACAGCACUACCAUCUGGGCCAAGGAAGGGGCAUCCAGACCAAUCACAGGUAAGAGCCCAGGUGGCCUGCCGUGGGAGCAGAUCAACGCAGCAUCUGCUCAGCUCGCACUGGUGAGCACCAUGACCUUCCAAAGCACGUGGAGGAGGAGAUUCUCCUCCACCAAUUCGCAGCCCCUGCCUUUCACCUGUGCUCGUGGCCGCAUCUUCCAGGUCCCCAUGAUGCACCAAAUGGCUGAGGUCAACUAUGGCCAGUUCCAGGACACUGCAGGCCAUCAGGUGGGGGUCCUGGAGCUACCUUACCUGGGAAGCACAGCAAGUCUAUUCCUCGUGCUGCCCCGCGACAGAGGUGCCCCCUUGGGCCACAUUGAACCACACCUCACAGCCAGAGUCAUCCACCUCUGGACCACCAGGCUGAGAAGAACCAGGAUGGACAUUUUCCUCCCCAGAUUUAGGAUCCAAAAUCAAUUCGACUUAAAGAGCAUUUUAAGUGCUUGGGGAGUCACCGAUCUUUUUGAUCCACUCAAAGCUAACUUAAAAGGAAUUUCAGGCCAGGAUGGCAUUUAUGUUUCUGAAGCAAUACACAAAGCCAAGCUGGAGGUUUCAGAGGAAGGCACCAAGGCAUCAGCAGGCACAGCUCUGUUGUUACUUAAAAGGUCUCGGAUUCCUGUUUUUAAGGCAGAUCGGCCAUUCAUCUUUUUCCUGAGAGAACCCAGCACAGGUAUCUACUCUUUUAGGGAGACUAAGAAAUCAUGA